AUGGAGGAACACAACCUCUCAGUGGUGACUGAAUUCAUCCUAAUGGGCAUCACUGAGAAUCCCGCGCUGCAGGUCCCAUUGUUUGUGUUUUUCCUCAUCAUCUAUCUGACCUCAGUGAUUGGCAACCUGGGAAUCAUCAUUCUCACCAAUGCAGACUCCAAACUACAGACACCAAUGUAUUUCUUUCUUAGGCAUUUGGCUUUCACUGAUUUUGUUUACUCAACAACCGUGGGACCAAAAAUGCUGGUAAACUUUGUUGUAGAUCAAAAUGCAAUUUCGUAUUAUCUCUGUGCCACACAGCUAGCAUUCUUUCUUUUGUUCAUCGGCAGUGAGCUUUUUAUUUUAUCUGCCAUGUCUUACGACCGCUAUGUAGCCAUAUGUAAGCCUCUACUCUACACUGUUAUUAUGUCACAUAAAGUAUGUUGGGUCCUAGUCACAGUUACCUAUCUUUACUGUACCUUUAUGUCCCUUGUAGUCACUAUAAAUAUUUUCUCUUUAUCCUUCUGUGGUUACAAUGUCAUCAAUCAUUUCUUUUGUGACUGUAUCCCCUUAAUAUCACUGCUUUGCUCGAAUACGCAGGACGUUGAACUUAUAGUUAUGAUCUUUGCAGGUUUUGAUUUAAUUUCCUCCCUUAUGGUUGUGCUUAUGUCAUACCUGCUCAUUCUCAUAGCUGUUCUCAGGAUGAACUCUGCUGAGGGCAGACGAAAAGCUUUCUCCACCUGUGGGUCCCACCUGACAGUGGUUACGGUGUUUUAUGGGACAUUGAUAUUCAUGUAUGUACAACCUGAAUCCAGUCAUUCCAUUGAUACUGAUAAAAUAUCAUCCAUAUUUUAUACUUUAAUAAUCCCCUUGUUGAAUCCCUUGAUCUAUAGCCUGAGGAACAAAGAUGUAAAACAUGCUCUACAGAGAACAUGGCAGAAAAUAUUAAACACGUCCUCUUAA